CUAGUCUCUAAGUCUCUUUCUUGACCGGGAGACCGGGAUUUCCUACCCAUCCAUUCCGAAGAACGUCUGUGUGUAGUCUGUGUUUGGGAUCGUGGGGUUCGGACCGCGGUGGUUUGUUUACCCUAUGUACUUAUGUCUACGCCGAGCCGCCGUAGAAAAGACGUGUGCCGGGUGCUCGCACCAUCACCAUGUGCAGGUUUUCCGCGCCAGUCGCCCUUCUUGUUCUGAAUAAUCAACGUCCCCACUCUACGUUUACGGUUUACACUACAAAGAACUGCUGCUGCUGCACGAACUUCGUCUCGCCGUAUCACCAUGCUUGCCUUUUGCUCUGCGUACGGCUGUACGAGCACCGGGGGCCGAUACGAUCCGCUCUUUGGAGACGGAACCAUCGGGCAAACGCCAGGACCAAGUCAUUGUUGCAAGACAGAUCUUGAUGACGUCACAGCAGAUCCAGUAUAUGAUGCAGCAAGGGGCCUCACUCUUAAGUCGGGAAAAGCGGUAGGAACAUCACCAGAGCCAGCAUGUGAGCCGGGUCACAUCAAAGAUAAAUCUGUUCAAGUGCGACUACUAACCCACCAUGAAGCAUCACAAGCGAAUGAAAAGAAAGUUCUGUCCACAUGUGCAACACAAACAGAGCCUCAAGCUGCUUCUUCAGGGAAGGGUGUAUACUAUGGAAGCCCUGUGAUCACUCUCCGGGCCUUUUUAUUGAUGUGCUGCGGAGUAUGCAACCGUGUUCCAGUGUUCGGGUGAAACAAGGUGCCAUACAGGAUACGAGAAUGUUCCUUGUUUGUUGAGUCAUUGGAGCAAUCUUCCUCACUGGCGUCUGUGCAAGGUCAACAGCAUUCCUACGAACAGGGCAGCUGUGUGAACCUGAAGUCAACUAUGAAGAGACACCUUCGGAAACAUAUAGACAAGCCCACCUUACAGUGCCACUUGUGUCCAGCUGCAUUCGUUCACAAUUCCAAGCUCUUGGCUCAUAUGCGUACCCACACAGGAGAGCGCCCUUUUUCCUGUGUCCACUGCAAUUUCUCGUGCGUGAAGAAAGCCCGCCUUGUUGAGCACAUGCGCAUUCACACAGGAGAGCGUCCCUUUUCCUGUGUCCACUGUAAUGCAUCCUUCACGCGAAAAUGCAUACUCAAUGAGCACAUUCGCACACAUACAGGAGAGCGUCCCUUUUCCUGUGUCCACUGCAAUGCAUCCUUUUCACGGAAAGACAAACUCAAUGACCACAUGCACACUCACACAGGAGAGCGUCCUUAUUCAUGUGUCCAUUGCGAUGCUUCCUUUUCGCGGAAAGACCUACUCAAUGAGCACAUUCGCACUCACACAGGAGAGCGUCCCUUUCCGUGUGUCCACUGCAAUUUAUCGUGUGUGACGAAGUCCCGCCUUGUUAAGCACAUGCGCAUUCACACAGGAGAGCGUCCCUUUUCCUGUGUCCACUGUAAUGCAUCCUUUUUGCGAAAAAACCAACUCAACGACCACAUGCGCACUCACACAGGGGGGGAGCGUCCCUUUUCCUGUGUUCAUUGUGAUGCAUCCUUUUUGCGAAAAGACCACCUCAACGACCACAUGCGCACUCACACAGGGGAGCGUCCCUUUUCCUGUGUCCACUGUAAUGCAUCCUUUUCUCAAAAAGGUACCCUCAACGACCACAUGCGCCGUCACACAGGAGAGCGUCCCUUUUCCUGUGUCCUCUGCAAUGCAUCCUUUUCGACGAAACGCUCUCUCAAUGACCACAUGCAUACUCACACAGGAGAGCGUCCCUUUUCCUGUGACCACUGCGAUGCAUCCUUUUCGCGGAAAAGCCGACUCAAUGACCACAUGCGCACCCACACGGGUGAGCGUCCAUUUUCCUGUGUCCACUGCGAUGCAUCCUUUUUUGUGAAAUACCACCUCGUGAGACACAUCCGUAUGCACACAGGAGAGCGUCCCUUUUCCUGUGUGCACUGUGGUGCAUCCUUUGUGCAGAGAUCCAACCUCAUGAGACAUAUCCGUGCGCACACAGAAAAGCGUCGCUUUUCCUGUGUUCACUGCAGUGCAUCUUUUUCACGAAAAUACAACCUCACAAACCACAUGUCCCGUGAUCAUAAAAAGGAGAAGCCAUAAAUGAGUUUGGGGCCUAAAGGCUACCCUUAAAGAAGGGGUGAUCUAGCAGGGACGACGGAGUUUGUUCAUUAAGGGAGACAGUGAGCUUGGUUUAAGGUGAGGAAAGACGCUUGGUUUGGCAACUCACUAGCGAGAAUGGCACGUAGGCGUGGUAAGGACGAGAAGAAAGUUCGUUUUUGGUUUUAUUGCCAGUGCAGCUGGGCACCGACUCUGAUGGGCAGGGAAGAUACCCCAGCCAGGCGUUCUGUGUACUCAUUUCUCAUGAAUGUGGCUUCUUUCCUCUAACUUCCUUCACUUCCGUUUCCUCUUUCACGAACGAUGUUGAGCAAUGCUCCCUUAUGGGUUGGAGAAAUACAUGUGUUAUUCUAAA